AUGGCAACCAGGAAAUGUGCUGCAGUUGUCGUGGGCGCCGGCCCAGCUGGUGUGGCAGUCAUGGGCAAUUUGCUGGAGCGUCAGCUCGGCACCAUCGCCUGGAUUGACCCCAGUUUUGAGUCUGGCAGAGUCCACCGCAAGUAUCGCGAGGUUCCUAGCAACACCAAAGUAUCGCUGUUCCAGGCAUACGCUACAGCCGUGCAACCCUUCAGAACCGUCAUCGAGAACACAAGGCAGCCCAAUGCAUUCACCACCAUGGCCAAGCUGGAUCAGGAGAAACCAUGCCACCUACACUAUGCAGCCGACAUGGUUCGCGGUCUGACAGACGGCCUGAUGAAGAUGGACGAUGUCUACGCUUGCCGCGGCUUCGUCACAGCAGCCAAUCAAGGCGAUAGGACCUCCAACACAUCCAAGUGGAUCGUCCGCGUCAAGCGCCAUGACUCCGCAGACGAGAUCGAGAUCGAAACCUCCCGCUUGAUCCUCUGCACGGGCUCCCACCCAACCAAUCUCCCCGUCCCAGUCCCCGGCCUAGACAUCACCUCCCUAGACCUCGACACCGUCCUCAAGCCCUCCGAGCUCGCCAAUAUCCUCCCCACAUCAACACAAACUACCGUCGCCGUCGUCGGCGCCUCCCACAGCGCUAUCCUGGCCCUCCUCAACCUCCUCCAGCUCUCAGCAGACUCACACCCGAACCUGCGCGUCAAGUGGUUCACCCGCCACCCGCUCCGCUACGCGGAGUACAAGGAUGGCUGGAUUCUGCGCGAUAACACGGGCCUGAAGGGCCUCGCGGCCGACUUUGCUCGCUCCCAGCUUGAAGACGAUAAGCUUUCUACCUCGGCCGCCGGUCGCGUCAUUACUAAGAUCGAUUGUGCGGGCGGCGAGGCCCGCGAGUCGGCCCAGUAUCACGAGUAUCUGCCCACCUGCCAGUUUAUCGUUCAAGCGGUCGGCUUCACGCGCGAUCCCUUGCCGAAGCUUGCGAGGGAUGCGGUGCCGCUUGCUAUGGAGUUUGAUCAUGAGACGGGCCAUUUCCAUGAGCGUGGUGGUGGCGCUGUUAUCCCCGGCUUGUUUGGUGCCGGCAUUGCUUUUCCCCAGAGGGUUGUGGACCCCUAUGGCAAUGUCGAGUAUGCUGUUGGCUUCUUUAAGUUUAUGAAAUUCUUGAAGAAGGUUGUCCCGACCUGGGGCUCUGCUUGA